AUUGUAACGUUAAUUUCGGUGUGACAUAGGCCGAACUCAAAAAUAAAUGAUAAAACUAAAUGUUAUUUUACAUAUAUUUGUUUAACCUCCGUUUUACUUUUAAUGCUGAAUAAAUAUCAAGUGUUAAACAAAAACGUUAUACUAUUUUGUGUGUGAGUGCGGGCAGAGCUACUCUCACUUUCACUUCCUCGUCAGGAUGUUUGACAGCUAUACUUCCUCAUUCUAGUUUGACUGGCUUAGCUGUGUGUUCGUCGGUGUGACAGUCAUGAAGGACGGUGUCGGAGCAGGAGAACAGGCGGAGGUAUCCCGCCAGGAGCUUUUCGAGGAUUAUGUGAAUUGUUACCAGCUGUGUACAGAAGUUCGGCCGUGCCGCGAUGCCUCGCUGCUGAAGAAGGCGGGUCACUAUCUGCUUAGGGAACCAGAACCUAGAGGGACUUCCACAGUGUUCCCAGUCUACCAGGUUCUAACAGAGGGAUCUAGAGCCCCGAGCACAGACUACAGGAAACUCCUGUCUGCUGUCAUCAAAGCCGCCGAACUGCUGGAAACCCUCUGCGUCAAUCUGUUCCUCCAUCCCUGGAAGAAGGAAAUCAAGGCAGUCAAGACUUUUACAGGCCCAUUUGUUUACUGUCUCCUGCCAGUUCUCAGCAGUUCUACCAUUCAGUCAGUCCUGGCCUCUAUUGGCUACCUGCCCCAUGCUGAAACUCCUCAAAGUGAGUACAGACUCAGUGAGGAUGCUAACCCAGACAGAGCCAUGCUGGUGGGCUUUGAGCUGCUGCUGGCCAGGGUGGAAUGUUACCACCUCCUGGAGCUCCUGGAGAAGGAUCAGCUGGGACCUCAGGAGUGGCUGGAGGUUCUCCAGAGGAGAGCGGGGCCUACAAAACUGGAGGAACCUACAGAACCGAAGACAACAAUAGCACAAAAGGAAGAGGAGAAGAAGGGAGAGGCAGAUAGAAAUAAGGCACCUCUAAGUUUGAGCCGCAGGCUUGGAGCGAAACCCCAGCCCAAGCCUCGACACUGUCACCGCGCCAGCGUAGACCAGUCCAUUAUGGAGAUGCAGAUGACCUACCCUGACCUGGCCUUCAGGGGCCGCCCUCUGCUCACGGACAAACCUCACCGAGCAAACAGCAGCAGGAGCAGCAGCAGUAAAUCUGUUCACACUGCCAGCACUACUAACUAUAGUGACGACAUGAAGGCUGCUGAUCUCCCCACAAGAGAUUGUAUUAAAGGGACCAAAGCUACUGCUACAUCUAUCCGCAGUAGAAAUGAUGGCAGCAAAGCUGAAGAAGUGUUUGGCGACGAUGGCAGAAGCAGUGGUUGUAAUAAAAGGAACAGCGGUGGGACCGCCAUCAGCUGCAGCUUCAGUAACAGCGACGGAAGCAGUGCUGAUGAUGAGCUCAGUGGUCCUCAGGCCAUUUCCCUGCACAUCGUACUGAGAGCUGGAUCCACAGCAGAGCAGGGCCAGAAGCCUGCAGAGUCUCAGCCCACAGCAGAGCCUCCUUCCUGGAUACAACAGCAGACUGCAGCAGGCGACCCUCCCUCUCUGAGCUCCAUGGACGAGGAGCAGGAGCUGAGAAGGUUGGAAGAGAGGAUGGGCCAGCUCCGUGUGCAGGAGACUGAAGAGGAAGUGAAGAGAGGGGAGGAGAACACCAAGAAGGAGAGGAAGGUGAGCACAGAGCAGAACCUGAGGAAGCCGGUGACGGAGACGUGUCUAGCGCUGAGCCGUAGACACAGCAGAUCCUCUCAGAAGGAUCCUGUGGUGAUAAAAGAGCAGAAGCAGCCCACUGUGGGCCAGCCCUCACUGCCGACCGUCGGCUCAGCAGACUGUCAGAGCUGGAAAGAGGGAGGCAACGCAGGGCAGCUGGAAGAAGAUACCGUCCGAAGAGAGGAGGAACAGCUGGCACAGAGCUUUGUUAUAAUCGAUAAUCACAAGAAAUAAAGUGCUCUCAGGGUUCAUUUACAUCUACUGUGAUGUAUAAUGAUUAAUAACAAAACUACUGAGCAUACAGCUGGUAAGGUCUGUAAGCCAAUUUUGAACAGCUCUCAGGAAUUGAUUCAGCAGCUUUGGGUGCACAGUUUGUUUCCCAUAUUUGGCUGUUAAGUUGCAUUCAAACCUCCCAUUAUUCUGAUUGGGAGUGUUCACAAAGUAUUCUAGGACGGUUACCUUUAUUGCAACUCCUGUUGUCUAUCCAUAUAAAUAGUCUGUGAAACCAGAUACAAACAGUGCAGAAGUCCAGUUCAAUUACACUAUAUGGACAAAAGUCCUGGGACAGUACUGUUUCAGUAUGACGAUGUACCUGUGCACAAAGCCGGCUCCAGAAAGAAAUGGUUUCCCCAAUUUGUUGUGGAAGAACUUGAGUGGCCUGCACAGAGCCCUGAGCUCAAACCUAUCCAACACCUUUGGGGUGAACUAGAACGGUGAUUGGAAGCCAGGCCCUCUCUUCAAACAUCACUCUCUGACCUAACAAAUGUUCUUCUCUGUGAAUGGGCAAUAAUUCCCACUAGCAUACUCCACCAUCUUGUAGAAAGCCUUCACAGAAGAGUGGAAGCUGUUAUAGCUGCAAAGGGGGGACCAGGUCCAUAUGAAUGCCUAUGGAUUUAGAAUGGGAUGUCAUAAAAGUAAUGUAGGUGUCCCAGUACUUUUGUAUACUAUAAUAUAGUAUAGCUGAAAUGCCUGUUAAUAUUUUUUGCAGCUGCUUUGUCAGUAUUUUUGACACUUCUGUAAUAUGGAAUCUGUCAGAAAUAUCUCAAACUGAGAAUUAAUCUUAAUUGUAUUAUAUAAAUUGCAGGUAUAUUUAUAUGUAGUACAUCACUGAGUACAGUGCACAUGUUUAAUGUUAGUCUGUGUAUUAAAACACCUGUCCGUUAAUUGGAGAGUAAUAGCAGGCUGCAGCUGUUAAAUAAAAUUGUGAAUCAGAAUUUGCCUUGUUUAAACAAUUCACGACGCUGACUGAGCAGCAGAUCAGAAGCCUUAUGCUACUUAAAAUGUCUGUUCGGGACAUAUCCAACACUUUGCUGUCCUCUCAGUUUGAAUUUUCCAAAUAGUGAAAAAAAAAACUGCUAUAAAAAUAGCAACACAAACCAAGUUGGUUCCUCAAAUUUAGUGAAUUCCUCUCACCCCCUCAACACAUUGGCCUGUACGUCCACUCAUGCUCUGGAAACCUGAUUAUUGCUCAUGCCUUUGGCCUUAGUGCAGAUUAAUUACAGCUCAGAUGCUUGGUUUAGUUGUUGAUUUCAUUAAUCAUCAUGCUAUCGUGAAUCAAAGGAUGAAAAUAAAUUCAUCAGUUCAUCAUCAGUUCAAUUCAGUCAUUUACAUCACUUAUGUAAUUUGAAACCUACUCAUGAACAGGAUGUUUCAGUCCACUCAGGAAGAUAUGUAUAUAGAUAGAAUAUCAAUAUUGCAAAUUAAGCCUAGAUACUGUUUGAAGUAUGGUUGUCACAGGGGUUUGGGUUAGGGUUGGGGUUCCAAUGUAAGUUCUAAGAAAACUUCUGCCAUUAUUUUUAUGAAAUAACAUAGGUCUGGGUUUUGAUCCUUAGUUGUUAUUUAAAUGGUUUCAGUCCCAGUUGUAUGAUCAUCGCGUCAUCCUAAGCCUGAAAUAAAAGUCUGUUGGGGAUCAAAACAUUCCAGCCUAAUAAAAUAAAUGUGUGGUCUGGAGUUAGCGUGCAGGCUUUACUCUUUUCAUUGAUACUGAUCUCCUGGCCAAAAGCACCAGAGCCUUCAAUCAAAUAUUUGUUCAUGGGAACAAUAUAUAUGUAACAAAAUAAUCAAAGCCCAAAUGUGCAUUUGGUAGUUUUCUGAGCUUCUAACUACAUGCCACAGCCCAGCCAUGUACCAGUGGGACUCUCACCUGGAUGGACUGUAAGAACAUCAAGCCGACCUCAAGGAGUCAGCACCCACCACAAACCAUUCAACACCUUAAUGGCCUUAUAAGUUUAUUUUCUCAAUAAACAAAAACUGUUUGCAAAUGUUUUCAGAAAAGAAAUGCAUUCAACACUAUUGGAGCUCAAGAAUAUACUCUUGGUGAGUAAGGCUGAAUGUAAAGAGAAACUUUGUUUACAAGAAAGCUUUCCAUGGAGUCCAUGGUCCAACAUCAACUAGGUGUGCCUAGUGGUUUAGAUGUGUUUUCUAAAAUGGAGGAAGUGCUAAUGUAUAAUAGUAGAUGUGGUCCAUGUUAUCACUCACAGCGGUUCUAAUUUUGAGCCAUAGGGUCUCACAAUAUGGAAUAUUUAAAAAAUCACAACAUUAGAAUUCAAAUAUAUAUAUAUAUAUCACAUAGAGAAAGUGAGUAAAGUCUGUGGGGCUACAUAAGGUGAUUAAGUACAGGUAACAUUAACCACAGCAGUGACACAGCAUUCAUAACAAUAAGCCUGAAAUGGCUCAUCAGUAAUUACAAAUGUGACUUGUGUUCAACAUGCCAAGUAGAAUUAACAAAAGGAACAACCUAUCUGCCAAUGGACUUAUUCUCAAUGGACAUAAUUUUAAGAUUUUUUCAUGAGAAACUCAUUUCUUGGCUGAAAUGAGCCCCACAGACCACGUCCCCAUGGAUAAAUAAACAGGCUUGGAGUGACUAA